AUGGGCUCGCCGAAAAGCGUUUUUGCAGAUGCCCCAAUGAAGGCUAUUGUUGGCAAAAGCAAAACCAUCUUCUAUGUCCAUCCCGGUGUCUUGCGGCAGGGCAUAUCUGCGUUGACUGCUAUGGUGGCCGGGCCAUGGCAUAAGGCCGGAGAAAAAGUAAUAGACUGGUCCUGUUUUGAUGAAGAAACUAUUAACUGUGUCCUGGGAUUUUGUUACGGUCAACGGCCAUAUUGUAUCCCAUGGCAGUCAGCUAUCAACAAUGGAGAGUCCGUACCAGAGUCAGUAUUAACAAAAUCAGAUGCCGAGGAAGAUGCUGAGCCUAAAUCCUCGCCUACCAUCCGAAGCUACACGGGGGAUGCUAUUGUACUGCAUGCAAAAGUCUAUUCAUUCGCCCAUCAUUACCUCGUUGAUGAUCUACAAAGCUUUGCCUUGAUGCAGAUGAAGGACUGCUUUGAGCCAUGUCUAAAAGAAUACAGCUCUUCUCCCAAAGCAACUUGUCGCUGUCUUGCAGACGCGAUCCAGAUCAUCUAUGGAAACACAUUCUCGUCAAAUAAUAACGUGAAUCCUGCUCGCAAACAAAUAUCUGGGUUUAUUGCCGCCUCCUAUGAUAAGCUAAGUCACUAUUUUGCUCACUUUCAUGAAGAUACUGGGACCUUCAUGAUUGACCUAGCUUUCGAGUUGUCGAGACUGCUCCAGUCAAUGAAGGCUGACCUUAUAAGCAAGGAGUAUCAAAUUGAUGCUCUUCUUCCUCCUGAACCAAAAAAACAAAGGUGUAAAAUUCAGCCACUGCGCUAA